GCCGUUGGGGUAGGUUGAGUGAGGGCUCUUGGGUUAGUUCCUGUUAGGCCCCGGCCGGGGGAGUAGGUUCAAGUCUCUGAAGAUGCCCGGUGGGCUGGGGCACCGGGGGCUGUGAAGAAGGCGUGAGGGGGGCGACGAGGGGGAGACCGCGGCAGGCCCACACGAGAGCGGCGGCCGAGCCCGCCUUCCCUGCACCAUGCUCAUAGAGGAUGUGGAUGCCCUCAAGUCCUGGCUGGCCAAGUUACUGGAGCCGAUAUGUGAUGCUGACCCUUCAGCCUUAGCCAACUACGUUGUUGCACUGGUCAAGAAGGACAAACCUGAGAAAGAAUUGAAAGCCUUCUGUGCUGAUCAACUUGACGUCUUUUUACAAAAAGAAACUUCAGGUUUUGUGGAUAAACUAUUUGAAAGCCUCUAUACUAAGAACUACCUUCCGCCUUUGGAACCAGUUAAGCCUGAGCCAAAACCAUUAGUCCAAGAAAAAGAAGAAAUUAAAGAAGAGGUAUUUCAGGAGCCAGCAGAGGAAGAACGAGAUGGCAGAAAAAAGAAAUAUCCUAGUCCCCAGAAGACUCGUUCAGAAUCGAGUGAACGAAGGACACGUGAGAAGAAAAGAGAAGAUGGCAAGUGGAGAGACUACGAUAGGUACUUUGAACGGAAUGAAUUGUACCGUGAGAAGUAUGAUUGGAGAAGAGGCAGGAGUAAAAGCCGGAGUAAGAGCCGAGGCCUGAGUCGAAGUCGAAGCCGAAGUAGGGGGCGCAGCAAAGACCGGGAUCCAAAUAGGAAUGUUGCAGAGCACAGGGAAAGAUCCAAGUUUAAGAGUGAAAGGAAUGACUUGGAGAGUUCAUAUGUGCCUGUGUCCGCACCGCCUCCAAACUCUUCGGAGCAGUAUUCCUCUGGGGCCCAGUCUAUUCCCAGCACUGUUACUGUGAUUGCACCUGCGCACCACUCUGAAAACACCACAGAGAGUUGGUCUAAUUACUAUAACAAUCAUAGCUCUUCCAAUUCUUUUGGUCGAAACCCACCACCAAAGAGGCGAUGCAGAGAUUAUGAUGAAAGAGGAUUUUGUGUACUUGGUGACCUUUGUCAGUUUGAUCAUGGAAAUGAUCCCCUGGUUGUUGAUGAAGUUGCUCUGCCAAGCAUGAUUCCUUUCCCUCCACCUCCUCCUGGGCUUCCUCCUCCACCACCUCCUGGCAUGUUAAUGCCUCCAAUGCCAGGCCCAGGCCCUGGUCCUGGCCCUGGUCCAGGCCCAGGCCCAGGCCCAGGUCCAGGUCCUGGCCACAAUAUGAGACUUCCUGUUCCCCAAGGACAUGGCCAGCCUCCACCUUCUGUUGUGCUUCCCAUACCAAGACCACCCAUAACACAGUCAAGCUUAAUAAAUAACCGUGACCAGCCUGGGUCAAGUGCAGUGCCCAAUCUUGCACCAGUGGGAGCAAGACUACCUCCUCCUUUACCCCAGAACCUCCUUUAUACAGUAUCAGAACGACAGCCCAUGUACUCUCGUGAACAUGGUGCUGCUGCAUCUGAGCGACUUCAGUUGGGGACACCACCUCCUCUGUUGGCAGCUCGUUUGGUGCCACCUCGAAACCUCAUGGGAUCUUCCAUUGGGUACCAUACCUCAGUCUCCAGCCCCACCCCUCUGGUCCCAGAUACAUAUGAACCAGAUGGUUAUAACCCAGAAGCUCCUAGUAUUACCAGUUCUGGUAGAUCUCAGUACAGACAGUUCUUUUCAAGAACACAGACACAGCGCCCAAACCUGAUUGGCCUAACAUCUGGAGAUAUGGAUGCAAAUCCAAGAGCUGCUAACAUUGUCAUCCAGACUGAACCACCAGUUCCUGUUUCAAUUAAUAGCAACAUAACCAGAGUAGUUCUUGAACCAGAUAGCCGAAAAAGAGCUGUGGGUGGCCUGGAAGGGCCACUCACAAAGAAGCCUUGGCUUGGAAAACAAGGGAAUAACAAUCAGAGUAAACCAGGAUUCUUAAGAAAGAAUCAGUAUACAAAUACCAAGUUAGAAGUCAAGAAAAUUCCUCAGGAGUUAAACAACAUUACCAAGCUCAAUGAACACUUCAGCAAAUUUGGAACUAUUGUUAACAUCCAGGUUGCUUUUAAGGGAGAUCCAGAAGCAGCCCUUAUCCAAUAUCUUACCAAUGAGGAGGCCAGGAAAGCCAUUUCUAGCACUGAAGCUGUUCUAAACAACCGAUUCAUUCGAGUCCUGUGGCAUAGAGAAAACAAUGAGCAACCAGCAUUACAGUCUCCAGCACAGCUGCUCCUACAACAACAGCAAACACUUAGUCACAUGUCACAACAGCACCAUCAUCUGCCACAGCACCUUCAUCAGCAAUCUUCUACUGCAACGGUACAUGGAAGUAUCCAGAAGAUGAUGAGCAAACCACAGACACCGGGUGCAUAUGUUCUUAACAAAGUUCCUGUGAAACAUCGUCUUGGACAUGCAAGUGCUAACCAGAGUGAUGCGGCACAUUUGUUAAAUCAGUCAGGUGGUGCUGGAGAUGAUUGCCAGGUAUUUUCACCUCCAGGCCAUCCAAAAACGGUUUAUAGCUCCUCAAACUUAAAGACCCCUUCAAAACUUUGUUCAGGAUCUAAAUCUCACGAUGUUCAAGAAGUUCUUAAAAAGAAGCAGGAAGCAAUGAAGCUACAACAAGAUAUGAGGAAAAAAAGGCAAGAAGUAUUAGAAAAACAGAUAGAAUGCCAGAAGAUGCUAAUAUCCAAGCUAGAAAAAAACAAAAACAUGAAACCAGAAGAGAGAGCAAAUGUAAUGAAGACUUUGAAAGAGCUUGGUGAAAAGAUCUCACAACUGAAAGAUGAAUUAAAAACAUCUUCUGCAGUCUCCACACCAUCGAAAGUAAAGACCAAAACAGAGGCCCAAAAAGAACUAUUAGAUACUGAAUUGGACCUUCACAAGAGGCUGUCUUCAGGAGAAGACACAACAGAAUUACGGAAAAAACUCAGUCAGUUACAGGUUGAGGCUGCACGAUUAGGUAUCUUACCAGUGGGUCGUGGAAAGACCAUGUCCUCCCAAGGUCGAGGAAGAGGCCGAGGUCGUGGAGGAAGAGGAAGGGGCUCACUAAAUCACAUGGUGGUGGACCACCGGCCCAAAGCACUGUCAGUUGGGGGACUCAUUGAAGAGGAAAAAGAUGAUUUACUUCAGCAUUUCUCAGCUGCAAACCAAGGGUCAAAAUUUAAAGACCGUCGGCUACAAAUAUCAUGGCACAAGGCCAAGGUGCCUUCUGUAUCUACAGAGACCGAGGAAGAAGAAGUCAAGGAGGAGGAAACAGAAACCUCAGAUUUGUUUUUGCCUGAUGAUGAUGAUGAAGAUGAAGAUGAAUAUGAGUCUCGUUCAUGGCGAAGAUGAAAUCUGAAGCGAGCUGUAUAAUUUUUUAGGAAUAUUUGUUUAGAAGAACAACUUUUAAAGUUAUUUAAAGACGUCAAUGAGCCAAAAAAUUUUUUUUAUUUUUCUUUCAACACAAUAGAUUUAAGGACAGCAAGUUUGCUAUUUAAACACAUCUCAUAACUGUUCAUAAUAUUAUAGCACCAAAGGCCUAGUACUUUUACACAGUUGUGAAGAUCCACAGGAUGACAUGGAUAAUCUCUAGAGCCUUAUUUUUCCACACCGCCUGUCUUUGUUGCUACUGGUGUUGGAUUAUGAUGUAAAUGACAGGGUGUUCAGAAAUUUUAUUUUGGAUUAUAAUCUGAUAAAAUUUCUUUAAAUGUCAAAAUUGCCUGGAAUCUCUUAACUCUUAGCUAUUAUGGAUGGGUCGUCAGACAGUAGGAGACAUUUGUAAUUGAAAUACCCUUCUGCUUUCAAGAGUUGUCUUGGAAGAAAAGUAAAUUUAUUUUCUUUUCUUUUUUUUUUUUUUUUACUGAGGAGGAGCCCAAUUUGUAUUAAAUCUAAAUUUGGGGUGGGAGGAGGCUUAUCUGUAGAAGUAAGUACUACUUUAGUGUAAACCAUACAAACUCUGUGUUCUUAAAUGCUAUAAGGUAAUGGAAGCUAGCUCUAUGGUAAUUUUAUUGUCAUUAUAUCAACUUUCCUGCACUUCUGUUGCUGCUGAUUCUUUACUUUGAAAUUAGUGAGUAUUGGUUCAGUUGGUUUGUGUUCUGUUUUUCUUUUUUAACAUUCUCAGGAUAUAAAAGGUUUUUACCCAUUGCCCCUUUUUCAAUUCCACUUUCUUCUGCCUUUUUAUUACUAGGCCCUACUUACCCAUUAUUGAGAUAUUCUUUUCGGUCACCAAAAGUCAACCCCUAAUAAAAAGUUUAAACCAGCAAACACCUUGAUAAAUGUUUAGAUGAGAAUAAUGGAAGAUUCAUGGAGAAAGUUAGUCACUAGCUUUUUUUUCUUUUUUAAUGCUUCAAUUUAGUUAAUAGUUACACAAAAGGGUUAAAAAGUGUCUGAAAUUCUUUUCCAAAAUUAAACCAUGAUGGUGAGGUGUUGGGGUAGGGUAGGGUUGAGGUAGGGUAGGGGGAUGGGUAUGCUAGUAAUAAAUGGGAGUCAUAACUUGACUUUGAUCAGAUGACCUUAUUUUUUUAUAAUUUUGUAGCUGUUGCUAUCCAUGAACAUAUGCAUCCUUCAGUAGACAGUUUCUUUCACUGUGUGCAUUUUUACUGUACACUGUAUAGAGUAGAGUAUCUGUUAAGUAAAAUAUAUGUAAAUGUAUGUCCUUGUGUUCUGAAUGUAAGAUGGAAAAACAGAGGAGUCACACUACACUGUAUUGACCCCUGAGGAAAUAAAAUGAUUAAUGUACAUAGGAUGUCACUUUUUCAAGAGUAUACACAUCUAUGUUUUUAUAUACGUGUGGUAUGAAAAUUUAAAACUUCCUGUUGGCUUCAAAAAGUUCUUGGUGAUCACUAUAUCAAGGAUUUUAUUUCUUGAAGUAAAGACUGUUUCUUAAAAUAGAAACUAUUCACUAAGAAACUUAAAACCAUCAGGACUCUAGAUUUACAUAGCUACGAGAAGUUAAAUCCCACGUUCUGAUUAUCUUUUCUACUUAUUUUCCUGGAAUGAUGUGUCAAACCAGGAUCAUUUUUAUGUUCAUUGUAACUUCCCCUUUGCAAUAAUAAGGACUUCCUCUUCCUAGGUGGUUGUUAUAUUUCUGAUAACACUGAAACUAAAAUAAGCUUAUACAAAGAUGAAAAUGUUACAGUGGGGUACCUAGAAUAAGCAAUCUUGCUCCUCCCUCCAUCAUCUCUAAUGAAAUUUUCUUGAUGUCUGUGGCUCAGUCGGUAUAUAUUUUGAAAGAUUCAUUGUGGUGAAUAUUUUGAGUCCUGACAGUUUAAGCGUGAUAGAGGGAACAAAGGAUUUAUAUAUUUUUUGUACAAAGUUUUUUCUUAAACUGUAUAAUUUUGUAAAUAAUUUGUUUUUGUUUUUUUGUGAACUAAAACUACCAGCGUAUAGAUUUCAAUAAGAAUUGUUGUAUUUUUGUAUUUGGAAACUGAAAAUUACAGUAAAUUAAUGGAGCUGUAAGAAAAUUUUCAGUAGACUGACAGUUCAACAGAAUGAGAUUCCUUUUCAUAUGGUUUUUUUUUUUUUUAACCUCAAAAUUGACAUCUUAUUACACUCUGUACAGGGAGAUUUGUUUGCCUUUUUAGUUGUUGGGAGAGAGGGGGGUGAAAGAGAAGAGUGUUAAAGUGAAGAAUAGACAGACUCUUUCCAGUAAGAUCCUUUGUAUAAAACUGAUUUUUCAAUGCACCUUAUAUAAGACUAAAAUACUUUUUAAAUGUUCUAAGAAUUCUAAAACAUUUUUGAUUCUCAAAAAUGAAUUCAAAAUAAUGAGUUAAAUAUAAUAUUAGAACAUUUAAGUUAAUGGUAACAUAAAAUAGUUGAAUAUGUAUUUUUUCCUUUAGGAUUUUUUUUUUAUCCCCAACUAUUAGAAUUUAUUUUAAAAGGAAGUACCAUAACUUGUUUUCUUGGUAUCUUCAGUUACAGAUAUAACAUAUACCAUCUGAGGCAAGCUGUAUUCUUUUUAAUGAGUGUGACAACUUUCUAAGUUUCUAAGUAGCUAAUGACCAAUCUGCCUAGGUCAGCCUGGUUCACUAGUGGAUUGCUGCCCAAGUUUAAAAAGGUAAACCCAGGGAACGCAGAAUUUCUUUGCAUUUCUUCAUGUGGGAAAGCAUUGAUGAUAAAUUGAAAAACGGUCUUGUUAUGAUGAAACAAAGGUCCUAUUGAUGGAUCAUUAUUUCGAAAAGAAGAAAAAAAUCAUGUGAAAAGGAAUAGUGGUUCUUCCUAUGUAUAGUACGCCUGUAUUAUAGUUUUUACAAAAUUGUGAACUUGUGUAAUAGUAUAAUAGGAGAUAUUGUUGAAUUUCUAACUGUUUAUACAUUUAAAUUCAUAUAUGUAAUGUUUGUUUUAUCAAUUACAAUCUGAAUUUCUAAGAAGCAUGUUGACUUUUGCAAUAAAGAUGCAAUAUGGAAUGGUUCACAAUCGGAAAAAAAAGAAAAAAGAAAAAAGAUAAAAGUAUUAUGAAUUUAAAAGAAUUUGGAAAAUUUAUGAACCAUUCCAAAAAUUAUAACAAUCACCAAAA